AUGGGACAGGACAAGAACCUGAACCACACGGCUUUUCCCUUUAUAUCGACAGAUGAAUACAACACGAUAGUGUUGGUGGUGGCUUGUAUGCUUCUGUCAUGGGUCUUCAUCCACAGGUGGAAGCAGAGGACCACAACAGGGCCGAAAACAUGGCCAUUCUUUGGUGCAGCAAUUGAGCAGCUCAUGAACUAUGACCGAAUGCAUGACUGGCUCGCCAAAUAUCUCUCUGAAUCAAGAACAUUGGUGGUCCCAAUGCCAUUCACCACGUAUACCUAUAUUGCUGAUCCUGCCAAUGUAGAACAUGUUCUCAAAACCAACUUCACUAAUUACCCAAAGGGUGAAAUUUAUCACUCAUAUAUGGAGGUGCUACUUGGAGAUGGCAUCUUCAACGUGGAUGGUGAGCUGUGGAGGAAACAAAGGAAGACUGCAAGUUUUGAGUUUGCUUCCAAAAACUUGAGGGAUUUCAGCACUGUGGUCUUCAGAGAAUAUAGCCUCAAGCUCUCUGAUAUUCUAAGUCAUGCAUCUCUCCAAAACCAACAUGUGGAUAUGCAGGAGAUAAAAGAUCUUUUCUUCCAGGAAUUAUUCAUGAGGAUGACUUUGGACUCCAUAUGUAAAGUAGGUUUUGGGGUAGAAAUAGGUACACUGGCCCCCCAUCUACCAGAAAACAGCUUUGCUCGGGCAUUCGACACUGCAAACGUUAUAGUAACUCUUAGAUUUAUUGACCCCUUAUGGAGAAUCAAGAAAUUCCUCAAUAUAGGGUCAGAAGCAGUACUUGACCAGAGCAUCAAAAUUAUUGAUGAUUUCACAUAUUCUGUCAUUCAAAGAAGGAAAGCAGAGAUAGUAGCAACAAAAGAGACAUGUAACAAUGAAAAGAUGAAGCAUGACAUAUUAUCAAGAUUUAUUGAACUUGGAGAAGACACAGAGAACAACAUAACUGAUAAAAGCCUCAGAGAUGUGGUCCUGAACUUUGUCAUUGCUGGCCGUGACACAACAGCCACAACUCUCUCUUGGGCCAUAUACAUGAUACUGACUCACCACCAUGUAGCAGAAAGGUUAUACUCAGAGCUCAAAACUUACGAAGAAGAACGGGCAAGGGAAGAAAAGGUGACAUUGCUUCAGGGUGAUACAGAGGAUCCUGAAUCAUUUAAUCAAAGAGUAAUACAAUAUGCUAAACUUUUGAGUUAUGAUUCGCUGGGAAGAUUAUCCUAUUUGCAUGCAGUGAUCACUGAGACACUCCGACUAUACCCUGCUGUGCCUCAGGACCCAAAAGGCAUUUUGGAGGAUGAUGUAUUACCUGAUGGAACUAAAGUAAAGGCAGGAGGGAUGGUGACAUAUGUUCCCUACUCAAUGGGCAGAAUGGAGUACAAUUGGGGUCCAGAUGCAGCUUUGUUUAAGCCCGAGAGAUGGCUCAAAGAGGGAUAUUUCCAGAAUGCAUCUCCAUUCAAGUUCACUGCAUUCCAGGCUGGGCCAAGGAUCUGCCUAGGGAAAGAUUCUGCAUAUCUCCAAAUGAAGAUGGCUCUGGCUAUUCUGUGUAGAUUUUUCAAAUUCAGUUUGGUGCCUGGUCAUCCGGUAAAGUACAGGAUGAUGACAAUUCUAUCUAUGGCACAUGGAUUAAAGGUUACCAUAGGCAGGCGUUUCUGA